AUGGACGAGAGUGUUGAUGACUUCGAUACAUUUAUGAAUCAAAUGGAAGAAGAAAGUGCACAACAAGUCAAUGAAGCCAUGAGUAGGUUGAAAGAAUUGAAAGGAAAUGAAAUCAAAGAAAUAGAAAAUGAAGAAAGAGAAAAAAAUGAAGGAAAAAAAGAAGAAACUCGAGAUAGUGAGGAUUUAACAGAUUACAAAGAUGAAUUAGCACAAAUUAAGAAAAAGAAAUUAGAAUUACUUGAUGUAGACCAUAAGAAUAUUCAAUAUGAACCCAUUCAUAAAGCAUUAUAUGUAGAAGUACCAGACAUUAAAAAAUUAACAAAAGAAGAAGUUAAAGAAAUUAGAAGAACAGAAUUAGAAGGAUGUAUUGUUAAAGGUAAAAAUUGUCCUAAACCAAUUAAAACAUGGUCAGAAUGUGGAAUAAUCCAAUUACGUUUGUUUUAG